UGCUGGCGCAUCUCUACCAUCAGCACUGCUGUCACGUGACCUGCCACAUUGUCCUACUGUCAGACCUAGUUGCAACUACAAGCCUGAAGACAUGUCUACACGGGAAUCCUCUAGGUCUCCAUCAAGAACUUCCAAGGGAUCAGCUAGAAGACCAAAAAGCAAAGAGAAGAAGCCUGGAAGUGGCAAAAGAAAAGCUAAAAAGCAAGAAGAUUCUGAAGUAGCAUCUAGUCCAGGCCAGCCUGAUUAUAUAAUUCCUCUUGUUCUGACCUCAAAAACACAAGAAAUCUUUCAGUGUAGGAUUGAUGAGGACAUCACGCAGGAAAACCCAUUCAAACUUAUAAGGAAAGAUGAUAUUAUAAAUGACCUUAAAGGAAGAGCUGCUGUUUCAGACUUCCAUCCAUUUAAAGCUCUUGUAACUGAAUAUCCUGGAGAUGAAUUACUGCUUGUUUUUGAUAGGGAUUUUAAGUACGGUCAGAAUUUUUAUCUUGUUAUAACAGAAGAAGCCAAAGAAAGCAUCCUACAUCCUCCUGAAGCUCUAACUGAGGAAGAAGACAAGGAAGACGAUGAGCAGGAAUACAGCUAUAAGCCUCCAUCUCCCAAACCCUGGGUUUCUCUGGGCAGUGAAAAAGAAAUUGAAGAUGAAAUGGUGAAGCAAAGCCACACUAAGAUAAAGUUUAUGAUUUCCCGAAUACAGAGGAAGUUUGGUGCCAAAGUUAACUUUGGUGAUCACAAUGCAUCAGAUGUGAAAGAUGGCUACAUGGAAUGUACAUCUUAUCAGGACAAACGUUUCAGCAUUAAAAUCAAUGAACGGGAUACUGGAAUACAGGUUGUACCAUUCACACAGGAGAACAGUACUCAGACAAAGUGGGGCUAUCCUAGGAAUGCCUGCACGCAGUAUACUCCAAGGGAAUUUACAGAAGAGGAAAGAAAGGCAUGUUUGUCUUCUAAAGAUUUUAAGGACUUCGUUAAUUCGGUUUCUUUAAGGCUUGAGUUAGCACUGCAGCAAAAUGAGAUUAUGAAUGCUUUUUUGGAUGACUGGAAGGCGUUGUCAGAAGAAGAAAAUACAUUUGGUGGCAAAUCUGAUUCUCACCUUAAAGAGUCACAGUCGUUUACAGAUCAUUUAUUUAGCAAUGCCAAAACCAUCAGCUGCAUAAAUUGGCACCCAAAAAUUCAUGGAUUAGUUGCUGUUUCAAUGACUGAACGACUUUCCUUUGAAGAUCGUGUGAACAUAUCUUCAAAAAUCCUGUUGAAACCAUCACUGAUUCUUUUCUGGAGCUUCACAGAUCCAUUACAUCCGCAGUUGAUGCUCGAGUGUCCAGAUGACAUUUAUUGCUUUCAGUUUUGCCCAUCAGAUCCCAACAUUAUUGCCGGAGGCUGUUUUAAUGGACAGGUUGUACUAUGGGAUAUCUCUAAAUAUCAAGAAAGCCUAAUGGCAAAGGCAGGUGUAAGCAAGAACACAGCUCCUAAGACAGGGUUGGAACCUAGUGUCCCCAAGGGCCCACAGCUUGUGAGAUACUGUGCAGUCUCAUCCAUAGAGCAUGGGCAUAAGAAUGUUAUAACUGAUAUUCACUGGCUUCCAAACAAUUUUGAGCUCUCCAAUGCAGGAAAUCCUUAUGAAAAUAAAAGUGGAUACUGCCUGCAGCUCGUCACAUGUUCACCUGACUGCUCAAUAAUGUUCUGGGAUAUCCGACCUCAAAAAACACUGACUGCAGCUGAGAAAAAAAAUGUAGAAGACAAACAAAUGCCUCAUGGUGUCCCUGAUACUUUCAAGUACAUUGAUCUUACCUGGAGACCAUUUAUCAGAGCCAUAUUACCAAAGUCUGACAUGAGUGGAGAAUACAGCCCUAUGAAAAUCAGUCUUAGUGAGGAGCAUCAUCACUGCAGGACAUUAGACAAACUGCAGAUCCAAGCCAAGGAAGACAAGACAGAGGGAGUAGUUGAAUACAAGAGUCUGAGAGCUGCAUCAGCCAAAAACCCAAAGCUUCUUGACGACAUCAAUACCAAGUACUUUGUUGGAACAGAAGAUGGGGAAUUGGUAUACACUGACUGGAAGAUGGAAAAGGAUAGUGAUACCGGAAAACUAAUAAGCUCAAAACCUCUGCAAGCAAAUAUUCUGCAUGAUGGUGCUGUGAACACUGUGCAACGAUCGCCCUUCCUGAAAGACUUUAUUCUCACAGUUGGAGGCUGGAACUUUGCUAUAUGGAGAGAAGGUGUUACCAGUGGACCAAUUUUUCACUCAUGUUGUUCUCAGAAGAGGCUCACAGCAGCACACUGGUCCCUCUCUAGGACUGGAGUUUUCUUUAUUGGGAAGGAAGAUGGGAAUGUAGACGUGUGGGACCUCCUGGAGAAGACCCAUGAGCCAUCACAGACACAGAACAUUGCAGCAGCUCCAAUCACAUACAUUAGACCUUGGAUUGCCUCCUCAAAGCAGCACUUUUUAGCAGUGGGGGAUGACCAGGGAACUCUGCACAUUUUAGAAAUCCCGUGGAACCUGCGUCAUCCUUCUGCUAAUGAGAAUGCCAGUGUCCAGCAUUACUUUGAAAGAGAAGUCAAGCACGUGGAAUAUUCCAACCAGAGGGAAGGACUUCGAGCAACAGCAAAGAAGCAGUUGGAACUAAAAGAUCUAAGCGCAAAAACUGAAACAAGCCCACCAGUUAAAACAAAGGAACAAACUGAAGUAGAACAAAGCAAGGAAUAUGAAUUAUAUCUUCAAUUUGAAGGCUCCAUCCUUUCUGGCCUUGGACUGAGUAAAGAAAAAGAAGAACGCACAGAAAAAACAUGAUCUCCAAGCAGUCUUUAUAAUAGGACAGUUUAUUUACUGUAAACCAGUCAAAUCUGCAUGGCUUGCAGAUUAAACUGGACUUGCUAGGGAGACGUUUAGGAUACUGAUAGGAUACUGAUUUGACAAACAUUUCUAUUCUUAAUAAAUAUAGACAUUAAGUUAAAA